AUGCAAACGGGCGCAUGGCUGGUUAUCAUGGACUCAGUGCUCCCUCUACCGGGUGCGGUUGAGAGCACCCAGGAGAGCCUCCUGCGUGUCCGAGACCUGACCAUGAUGAUGACAUUCAACAGCGGGGAGCGAGCUGCCGAGGACUGGGCCAGCCUGCUUCAACAGACGGACGCGCGCUUGAAGAUUGUCCGCAUGCAGCAGCCCGUGGGGAGCCUGAUGACUGUGAUGGAAUUCUUUGAGGACAGUUUGCACGUCUUGGCGCUGGCCGCCUUUCACCUCAGCAGCUUCCAGGCAGACGACGACGACGACGACGACGACGACGACGACGAAACGACAGACAACUCGCAUCUCCUGCAAACAACGUCGACGUACGCUGCAAUGAUGUUUAUCCUCCAGGAGCUCGCGCGCAUUCUUGACCGGCCCUUUUUCCCAUGGAAGAAGAUCAUUGUGGGCUUCUCGCUAGGCCAGUAUCUCCUUGAAGGCUUCCUCUCUCUCCGACAGUACAAGGUCUUGCAGGCAACAAAGGUUCCCAAAGUCCUGGAGGGCGAGGUCUCCCAGGAAGUGUUUGAUAAGAGUCAGGCCUAUGGACGCGCAAAGGCAAAGUUCGGCUUUGUGAGCGGGCUAUACAGUCAGAUCCAGAACUUGGCAUUCAUCUACGGUGAUGUUCUCCCAAAAAUAUGGGGAGCAACUGGUCUUCUGCUCGCGAAAUAUGCCCCCGAAGGCUUCAGAGGGGAGAUCACUCAUACCCUGCUGUUUGUCUUUGUUUUCAACAUCAUUACAACGAUAUUGUCCCUCCCAACCUCGUACUAUAGCACCUUUGUCCUGGAAGAGAAGUUUGGCUUCAACAAGCAAACCGUCAAGCUCUGGGUUAUGGACAUGCUCAAAGGCCAGAUGCUGACCGUCGUUCUCGGAACUCCCAUCAUCAGCGCUAUCCUAAAAAUUGUACAGACUACUGGCAACAGCUUCUUCUACUAUCUCUGGAUGUUUGGAAUCUUUGUCCAGUUGUUUGCCAUCACUAUCUACCCAAUUGCCAUUCUUCCCCUGUUCAACAAGUUCUCCCCACUUGAACCCGGCGUCUUGAAGACCUCCGUCGAGAACCUGGCUAAGCAGCUCAAGUUCCCGCUCUCUGAGUUGAACGUUAUUGAUGGAAGUAAGAGAAGCGCCCAUAGUAACGCCUAUCUCUUCGGACUGCCAUGGAAGAAGCAUAUUGUUAUCUACGAUACCUUGAUUGAGAAGAGUGAGACUGAAGAGGUUGUUGCCGUUCUGAGCCAUGAACUGGGCCACUGGAGCUUGAGCCAUACUACGAAGCUGUUUGGAAUUGGACAGUUCCACAUGUUCUAUAUCUUUGCCUUGUUUUCUGCCUUUGUUAACAACAAAUCGCUCUAUCAAGAUUUUGGCUUCUACAACGAGAUGCCAAUCAUGAUUGGAUUCAUCUUAUUCUCAGAUGCACUCGCACCAACCGAUGCCAUCAUCAAAUUGUUGAUGAACAUCCUCAGCAGAAAAUUCGAGUUCGAAGCCGACGCGUUCGCCGUGAAAUUGGGUUAUUCCAAAGAACUAGCCAGGUCUUUGCUGAAGCUUCAGAUCCAAAACCUUUCUACCAUGGAUGCGGACUGGAUGUACGCAAGCUACCAUUACUCGCACCCAAUUCUUUCCGAGCGCCUUGCUGCCCUGGGUUGGAAGGGAGGCAAGAUUACCGGAGGAGAAAAAGAGCCAAUUGACAGCGAUAAGCCAGUCAAGGCAGCUGACAGAGAGCUAUAA